CAUUGGCGCAGGUGAUCCGUCUGAGGAUGCGAGAGGAGCGCGGAGGAGAGGGGAAGAGAGAGGGGAACGCGCCGAUGGAAAAGUGUCCAGGGCUCGGUUAAAAAGAAAACGGGAUACCGGCCCUCUUCAGUUCGUCCUGGGACACUCGGAGAUGAGAGAUUAACCGAAAGGGGCACUUUGAGAUAUGCUGAGGUUUAUUUUUGGCCGGCAAUAGUACUAUGAUUUGGUAUGUGGCCACUUUGAUAGCAAGUGUAUUCAGCACCCGAGGAACGGCCGCUCAAGGUGCCCACGGAGUGCGAGAGGAGCCACAGUUUGUGACGGCCCGUGCGGGAGAGAACGUCAUCCUGGGAUGCGACGUGUCCCACCCCCUGAACGGCCAGCCCUACGUGGUGGAGUGGUUCAAGUAUGGAAUGCCCAUCCCCUUCUUCAUCAACUUUCGCUUCUACCCUCCUCACGUGGACCCGGAGUACGCCGGCCGGGCCAGUCUGCACGGCAAGUCCCUGCGGAUAGAGAACGUGCGCUCAGACGACCAGGGCUGGUAUGAGUGUAAGGUGCUGAUGCUGGAGCAGCAGUAUGACACUUCCACAAUGGCAGCUGGGGUGCAUCUGACCGUCAACGCUCCCCCCACGUUCACCGAUACGCCAGCUCAGUAUGUAGAAGCCAAGGAGGGGGGCAGCAUCACUUUGACCUGCACGGCCUUCGGUAACCCCAGACCCUCGGUCAGCUGGCUGCGGGAAGGCAGCCUCAUGAUCAGCAGUGCCAAGUAUAAGGUGACUGAUGGGAGUCUGACGGUGCUGUCCAUCACCAGGGAGGACCGUGGGGCCUACACGUGUCGGGCCUUCAGCCCCCAGGGAGAGGUCAUUCACACCACACGGCUGCUGGUACAAGGCCCUCCAUUCAUUAUAUCACCACCUGAGAACAUCACAGUGAACAUCUCGCAAGAUGCCUUCUUCACCUGCCAGGCGGAGGCCUAUCCUCGCAACCUGACCUACACCUGGUUCUGGGAGGAGGACAACGUCUUCUUCAAGAAUGACCUAAAGCGCAGAGUCAGUAUUCUCAUCGACGGCUCCCUCAUCAUUGCCCAAGUCAAGCCGGAGGAUGCUGGGAAAUACACCUGUGCUCCAAGCAACAGCCUGGGCCAACCACCGACUGCCUCUGCCUACAUAACAGUGCAAUAUCCUGCCCGUGUGGUAAACAUGCCAUCCGUCAUCUACGUCGCCAUUGGUCUGCCUGGCUUUAUCCGCUGUCCCAUAGAUGCCAACCCCCCUGUAACUCUGGUUAAGUGGAAGAAAGAUGGCCUCCCUCUCCGGAUUGAUAAGUACCCUGGUUGGAGCCAAAGGGACGAUGGGAGCAUCCGUGUGGCAGAAGUGACGGAGGACUCUCUGGGCACCUACACCUGCAUGCCUUACAAUGCCCUGGGUUCCAUGGGAUGGUCCCCUCCUGCUCCCCUGGUGCUAAAGGACCCUCCCAAAUUCUCAGUGGUUCCUGGUGGGGAGUACAGGCAGGAGGCUGGCAGAGAACUGGUCAUCCCCUGUGAGGCGGAGGGAGACCCCUUUCCCAACAUCACAUGGAGGAAGGUAGGGAAGCCCAGCAAAAGCAAGCACAAUGUUCUGCCCCGAGGCAGCCUGCAGUUCAAGUCACUCACAAAGGAGGACCACGGGGAGUGGGAGUGUGUCGCCACCAACGUUGCCACGAGCAUCACUGCCAGCACGCACGUCCAAGUCAUAGGCACAAGCCCCCACGCCCCCACCAACAUCCACGUGGCGGUGUCCUCCACCUGGGCCAACGUGUCCUGGGAGGUGGGAUACGACGGAGGCUUCCAGCAGACAUUCUCAGUCUGGCUGAAGAGGGAGCGUUUAGGUCCACACGACUGGCUUUCCAUACCCGUGUCCGGAGGCCACGACUGGAUGGUGGUGCCCAGCUUGGAGCCAGAGACAACAUACCAGUUCAGCAUCCUAGCCCAAAACAAGCUCGGCACAGGCCCUUUCAGCGAGGUUGUCACCGUCAACACACCAGUAUUUCCCAUAAGUACCCCCGAACCAUUGGUGCUGCUUACCCCACCACGGUGCCUCACAGCCAAUCGCACCCAGCAGGGAGUCCUGCUCACCUGGAUCCUGCCUGCCAAUCAUACAGCACCAAUCCAGCAUUACGUCAUGGAGUUCCGCCUGGGGGAGCGAUGGGAGGUCUUGGACGACAGCAUUCCUGCUGGGGAGACGGACUUGCUCGCCCGAGACUUGAUCCAGGAGGCGUGGUACGAGUUCCGCGUCAUGGCCGUCAUGGACGACACCAUCAGCGAGCCCAGCAACGUAGUAGGAGUGUCCAGCACAGACUUCUUCCCUCCUCCGGAGAUGGUGGAGGAACGUGGACUGGCGCGGCCGGUAGUGGCCGGCAUCGUGGCCACCAUUUGUUUCCUGGCAGCAGCUGUCCUGUUCAGCACGAUGGCGGCCUGUUUCGUCAACAAGCAGCGCAGGAGGAAGCUCAAGAGGAAAAGAGACCCCCCUCUCUCCAUAACCCACUGCAGAAAAAGCAUGGAAACACCGUCAUCGUCAGGAAAGGUGAGCCCAGAGAGCAUGCGUUCAAAGGCAUCCCUGUCACAUUCAUCUGAAGAUGGUCAUGAGCAGCGGGGGACGAAACCCCCCCCAAGUCCGGGGAGGAGGGAGGAGUUGUCUUUAUACAAGAAGACUAAAAGAGCAAUAUCGAGCAAGAAAUACGGCAUCUCCAAGCAUGAAGCUGAAGCAACAACACCAAUUGAACUUAUCUGCCGAGGCCCAGAUGGACGCUUUGUCAUAGAUCCCACUGACCCAGAAAUGUCUGUUAAGCCCCGGCGGAUUGUGGGCUUCCCCUUUGUGGAAGAAUCAGACCUCUAUCCUGAAUUCCGUCAGUCAGAUGAAGAGAAUGACGAUCCCAGGCCUCUGCCCCCAGUUAUGGCACCACUGCGGCCUCACCAGAUUUCCCCGAUCUCCAGUCAGGAAUCCUACCUGCAACCUCCGGCUUACAGCCCUCGUUUCCAGAGGCCCUUCGAAGGUAUGACCAUCAUGGAGAGCAGUCGGCUCCAGGCCACUGGGCAGAUCCGAGGUUCUCUCCACCACAGAGCUUUCUAUGGCUACCUAGGCCCCCCUGGGGAUCAUGAUCCCCCACCUCCUUUUUACAUGCCUGAUACUAGCCCUCUCAGCUCAGUCAUGUCCUCCCCUCCAUACCUUGCUGAAGGUCCUUUCGGUCACCCAAUGAUUCCUGAAGAAAUGGGGGAGGGGGAUUUCCCACAAUAUGCUGUUCCUGGUUUCCCACUUCCUCUGACACUCGCCUCUUCCUCUCGUUCCCCAGAGAUUUGGCAAGGACUGGAUUUUACCUUUGCAAGUCUGGAGGGGCCCCAAUUCAUUUUUCCGCCCCAUCACCCUUUGCAUCUCCGCCACGACUCACCCUAUCCUCCUGCCCCUCAUGUUCUUCCCCUGAGUGCUUUCCAACCCUCCUCUCUUCCAAUGCCCACUUAUCCAGCUGUCCUGCCACUGGGGAUCCAAAAGAGCCGCUCAACCAAGUCUCCAAGCAAGGCCAGGCUUCGUGGCUCUCCUGCCAAGCAUUUUGCUAUGCAAGAGGCACAUUUAGGGCACCUAAGACACGCAAGCCAGGGUAUUGGUCUGCCUGUUUUUCCUUACACCGAUCAAAUGGCACAUAUUGUCCCCAGUACAUUCAGUAGCUUGGACACGCGAUGGUUUGAAACCACCCCUCGUUUCAGUCCCAGACAGGCUCGUAGGAUGGAUUCUGGCAUGCAUCAGGUGGUUCUUCAGCCCUCCCGACUCUCACCCCUCACCCAAAGCCCACUUAGUUCUCACAAUAGCUCGCCAGAGAUUGUAGUACGCCCCAGGCCACGUCCCAGCAUUGUCCAACCACACAUUCCCCCAGAGAUGUCUGAGAUUACGCUCCUCCCUCCUUCCACAGCCAGCUUCUCAAGGAGAUCUACCCCCUCCCCCUUACCUGCUCAAGGCAAGGUUAGCAGAAGAGCAAGUCCCAGCUACCGUUCCCACAUGGCUUUUGCCACCUCUGCAACCAGCUACCCAGCUUCCCAGUCCCCAUCACCCCCCAUGGAAAGCAGCAACAUUUUUGGGCAGAUGCCAUCUCAGAGGAGGACUGAGGAGGGGAUCCUUCCAUCCGAGCCCUCUCCAGCCCAGUUGUCAGCUUCAGGAAAACGUCGAGGUGCGCCGAGUGCCCUUUCGGGGUCUGAGAGGAUUGAUGCUCUGAGAUACCAACGUAUUAAGAAGGCCAAGAAGAUGAUGAUGAACAACAAUAACUCCAAGUCAAGAAAGAAAGCAGGUGUCACCACCUCUCAGACCCAGCAGGCCUGCACCUCUCAGGUACUCCAGCCCGAAGAAGUUCUCUACUUCCGCAAGAAGAAGAAGCGGCCCAUCCUCCACGACCCGUACACUCGCUUUUCUGCUCUGCUGUACCGCCGCCCACCCCGAGAGGACCAGAAGGCUAUUCUGGCCAGCAUGGACAACAUAGACCUGGACCACGCCACGCUCCUCUGAAAGCCCUUGAGAUCAAGGUUACAAUCAUGCAAUAUGCCCUCAUUCCAAAAACAACACUUGCAAAAUACCGUACGGUAAAUACAAACAAGAUGUUUUGUCGGCAAUGUAUUGUCUAUAAAUGGGGCAAGCACUAAAUUUCAGCUCUCAGAUUUGGUAAAAAGUUUGUUAAAAAGUACAGAUUAGUGAUUGUGCGCACACAAAAUUUCUGAACAUUUGUACUUUUAAAGAAAAAAAAAUCUUACCGCUAAAAUCUAAUUGCAGUCCCGUCAAAUAUACAUUGUAAAUCAAAACAAAAGCUGUCAGAAGUUUUACUCCAGUGCAAAAAGAUAAAUUCAAAAAGUGGCGAUACAUUUUCCAAACCAAACCAGUUUUCCCUCGUCAGUGUUACAGUUUUGGCUUCUCCAGACCCACAUCAUGUUUCUUUUGCUGAGUCCCCCCAACAAAAAAACUAUCCUUUGUAGGUCUCCGUUUACAGCCCCUUCAAGCAACGUCUCCUUUCUACCGAGAAACCUGCCUCACAAAUGUGGACGUUCUCACUUCCUACCGAUUAUACCUCAGAGCACAGGACACGAGACCACACGACCACCAGACCAGCCAGCACAACAAACUAGCCUUUCUCCAUCUCUUUACUAGCUCUGUGUUCCACUGGCCUCCCGUACAGAAUAUCCACAUGUUAAAGCUCUGUUCCCUUGGGUUGUUUCUUUAGAUGUGUAUAGGUAGCGUUCAUUUAGCUUGCAUGAUGAUAAUUUGGUCACAUUCUAACACAAAAUGACUUCACUCAGCCUACUGAAGGGAUUCUCUUGACUUUUACCAUAUUCCAUUUGUUAUGGAACGGACCGUACAUUUGCAUUCCACACACUAAUGAUGAACCACUAAAGCGCUGAUUCAAUUACUUUCAGUUGCUCUAUGUAACCUGUAACUGUUUGCACUGGAGCAAAACCUUCUCUGUUUUACUUCCAAUGUGUGUUUGCUUCUUUACAUCCACAGUUCUUCUACUUUAGGAAUGUAGAGGGUUCAGAAAGACCUAUAGUUAUGCCAAAAGCAAUUCAAUUACAAAAAACAUACCUAGUGGAGGGUCAGACUGUGUGCCAUAGUAUACUAUAGUAUUCUCUUCAUGCAUAGAAGGAGGGCAUGACAAACAAUGGCUUUGUUUGGCCUUAAUUGAGCUUCUAGUUGGUUGCCUGCUUCACUCGUGUCUAUUAUUUAUUUCUAAUCAAUUGUUUUUGUAGUUAUUUUUCUUUGUGUGUGCUAAUGUAAGUACCCUCCUCUUUGUGGGGGAAGAACUUGGUUUGUGACAGUUUUACUUACAUACUGCCCCACUUUCAGUUUGAAGCUUCCAGUAAUGAGAUGAUUCAACUUUUCAAUGAAAAUGUCGCGGGCUGUUUUUAUUGGAUGCGUGCCAUAACAUCAAAAACGUAACUGUAUCACCCACCACACACGUUUGAUCUCAUUCAUAUUUUAGAUUUAACAGAGAGGUUGUAUACUGAAACAGUUUGCUGCUGUUUUUUAAAUGUUGUAUUUAAAGGUGCUCAGAUUCUUCAGAAGUUGAAUUCAUAACAUAUCUCGGGUUUCUGUACUUCUGAAAUGUGAGUAGCAUCGCUCAUAGUUAUUUACUUGUUUGGUUUUUUAUUUUCACUGGAUCCGAUUCUGUUAACCACAACAUAGGCUUCUGUAAUCGACCCAAUUCUCAAUCAGUAAACUUGAUUAAGAUAUUUCCACAAUGAAUGCCUGCAAAAUGAGAGUUGUGAAACUAUUUAAGAGAAACUGACUUCUCCUCUAAUAUUAGAUAUUGCAGGAAAAGUGUAUAAUGUGAUGAUAAAUGAUGAGAUCUAUUUACAUAAAGUCGUCAUGCACAUACAUUGGGCUUAUUUGAUCAGUUACAAAAAAUCGAAUCGUUUUAGUAAAGAAGCUAGUGCCUUUAUGAUGGAAUUAUGGUGUCUGCAACAGUUGGAGCAUCUGGUAGCUAACAGAAAAGAAUGUGUCAAUAUAAUAAUAAUAUAGCACUUAUUGUGGAAAUAACUUUUAUUUAAUUACAUUUAAUGUUAACAGGUCAUCACAGGGCGCUGAGCAGUUGUAUCAAAUACUUGAUGCUAAUGGUGCUAAGCGAGCCGCGUAUGUGCAACGCCAUACCGGUGAGCAUAUAUAUAUUAAUGAUUACAAAUGCCACUUUCAAGACCAGGCGCUAGAAGGCGCUUGUUGGAGAGAUGCGGUGGGAUUUUGAAAUCAUCCGAAAGAGCCCUCUUCCUCUAUAAAACCCUUUAUUUAUAGUAAAUGAACCACAAUAUCGCAGGCUCUGCGAUAAUGUUCCCCAAGACAAACAUUUCUGAAUUAUCUCAAAGCAGUCCCUUAACGUUUUUUACCAAAGAUGGAACGUUUUUAGGAUGGAAUCAAUACUAAUCAGGGGUUUAAAUCAUAGAUUUAAAACAAAACUAACUGUAUUCACAAUAAGAACAGCUUCUAUUGUACACACAUCCAAUAUACACACCUGUUUUUUUUGAGGAAUUAACUUAAAAAUCAUUGGCACUCUUUCCACGCAACGGGACGGGACUGUUCCAUGUUCUAAUUACCCCAUCUUUCUAAGACUGGCAGAUGUGAAAAACACAGAUGUGGAGAAAAUACCUAAAUAUACAUUGUAUUAAUCAUGGAAAUGUGUAGAAUGAAUCUAUAUAUUGUAAAAUGGAAAGAAAAAUAUAAGUAAUAGAAUAUUUUACUAAAAUUGUGCAAUAUUCAUGCAAUUACAGAAAUGAAUCUGAAACAUAUACCCAUUUAUUUUUAUCUGAAUAUGAAUGAGUUAUUUUGUCGAUAUAUGGAACUAAACAAGGUGAGCAUUUA